AUGGCUGCACUUCUCUCACUCCAGUCGUCAUUUGGUACACGCAUUUUACCAGUAGUUGUAGAUCAGUUCAUUCUCCUUCAUCCCACUCCGCUCCAGCAAGCGUGCCUUCCCCACCUAUCAGCAGCUUCUACAACCAGUAUCUGCACGCAGCCCUCCUUCCUGCCUUCCCCACCAUCCGUGGGUGACCGCUUCUCCUCCAAAUUUCACGCGAAAGACAUACGUGAACGUCAGCACAGCAGACUCCAGUUUCGUUAUAUUCAGGCGUCCCUCGACACCAGCAUUGGAGUCAUGGGCAACAACUCUACGAUUAUCUGCUUGGGAAAAGUUUCGUCUCCAGUAAAUGCAAACUUCCCUGCGGUGUUCGAGUAUGAUCAGUAUGAUCUCACCCACUCACGCAACAUCUCCCCUACACCUCGCCAUCUACCCCUGGCACUAUCCCAUUCAACGUCAUAUUUUCCACGCGAGCAAGACCCUUGGCUGAUUUGGGGACGAUGCCAGAUUUCCGUUAGAAUUGCACUCUCUGUCUGCAUUAACCCCUUACUUACAUUCUGGCCUAGGCUGCUCUUGCUUUCAGUUACGCCCUCGGUCUACUUCCUUAUACCGUCUUCAAUCCCACCCACCAUCCACCGUGCCACAUUCAACUGCCUCUUGCAGAGGGCCACACCCCCAUCUGCUGUACUCUCCUUCAAAAGCUCCUCGAACCGAGUAUCCGUGCACGAUUGUUGGCCAAGUCAAAAUGCAUCCUCAGCCCGUUGGGCCGGACCAGCCAGCUUCCUCUCUCACCGCGGUCGCACCACCGUGCACCACGAACGUUCCAGCGUCAGUUUCACGUCCAUUGGUACCAACAUACCGUUUACGCGCAUGUCUUGGAUUCCUUUCUUCGCAUUCUCACUCCGCGCUGCGACCACGACUCACUUCCUUCAAGGCGCCCUCGAUCAUGCAGAAGUUCCCCCAUUGCUUUAUUUGCGGAACUGUGAUAGAACACUGCUGAAGAGGAAACGCUGGUAUCGGGUCGGCCGAGGAGAAGCACGACGGGAACAGGUACCGGGCUUCUCAGACGAUACUGAGAAACAUCCAGCAAGCGUUUCAGGAAUAUCCCAGUCUCUGCACGCUUUUGGGCUACCUGGACUUUGGCAAUUUCUGCUGCUAUCGUCUUCGUUGCAAUUGUCACUCGAAGUCCGCAAUCUCCACCGGCGUCUAACACUAUGGGAACUGCAUAAUGCCUGCCGUGUUUUCUCUUGCUGGACUUCAACCACGAGCGCACCACCACACUCCCAUCUCAUUGUUCUUGCUGGAUCACGGACUCAGCACGAGCACGCGGGAUUUUUGCAUGUAAUAUCGGUUACCCUCGAAACGGAGACUUUAUCCACGCUGGAGAAAUACAGCCCGACCCCGAAAACGCUGAGGCAGCCCUCCUCCCAGCCCUCAAAAGCAGGUUCAAAAGUCGCAUACCACUACUAUUCCUUCACCAGAAGCCGGAGGCUCAGGCCAGAGCGAAGCUUUCGAACUGUUUCUAUCGCUCUGUACGGUCUAGUCGAACUCACACAAGAACUCGAGCACGAAAUCCACGUACACGUCCUCCCCUCUCUCCAAUCAUUGAAAAGCUCAUCGGUUGCCCCACUCAAGCUCAGCGCGCUGCAUACUGCAUCCACUACACAUGCACCUUCUGCACCUCCCGAUCACACGCAAGCACCGUGA